UAUAAAAUCACGUGGCGCGAUUUAUAUGAGCAGAAUUCACAAGUCGCCAUCUUGACGGUUGUUUGUUUGGGCGUUUUUUCUAUCGUUUCUUGCCUCUCGAAGUUUUACGAUUUUCGAAAUCAUUUCGUCAUCUUCGGACGAUUUUAUGAAGUUGUCUAAUUCUACAGGCAUCCUUUGGUCUUGGGUAAAAGGAAAAGGUUGUAAUCCACAUCGCAGAGCCAAGAUUCCGCUAUCAAUACAACACAAGAACAGGCAGAACAGCCUAACUUUGCCAUUAAAAAGGACUAGAAAUAAAACGUUUAUGACGAAUAUAAGGGGCCAGUUUGCGAGUUUAAAUUGUAAUCACUAUAAACGUCUGGCAAACAGUAGACUUCGCAGAAAACAGAUAUCAACAUGGCUUUUGUUAACGUYAACCGAAAGAACACAGACCAAUUUUACCGUUACAAGAUGCCUAAAAUCAUAGCUAAGGUUGAGGGGAAAGGUAAUGGCAUCAAGACCGUUAUAGUAAACAUGCCUGAUAUUGCAAAGGCACUCUCUAGGCCACCAUCAUACCCAACAAAGUAUUUUGGUUGUGAACUGGGAGCACAGACCCAGAUUGAUUUGAAGAAUGAAAGAUACAUUGUAAAUGGAGCCCACCAAGGUGAAAAACUACAAGAAAUUCUGGAUGGGUUUAUUGAAAAGUUUGUCCUCUGUUCCAACUGUGAAAAUCCAGAAACUGUGCUGAAAAUUGAUGCAAAGAGAGAAAGAAUUGGCCAAAGCUGCAGGGCAUGUGGACACAGUGAAUUCAUCAAUAUGCAACACAGGUUAAUCACCUACAUCUGUAAAAAUCCUCCUGGUGGUGAGAACAAUGCCACUCCAUCCAAAAAGGACAAGAAAGAGCGUCGAAAGAAGAAUCAAAAUGGUGACGUGAGCCCCACCCAUACUUCUGAAAAUGGAGAAGCAAAUGAGUUUGAAAUGCCAAAAGUUGCUCAUCRUGGUGAUGAUGAUGACUGGUGUGUUGACACAACAGAGGCUGCAGUUCAUCAGCGGAUGAAGGAUUUGUCUUCAGGAGUCAAGGGACUGACAUUUACAGAUGAUCUUGAAAAACCAGAAGAACAGAGAUUUGACUUGUUCUACAACUAUGUCAAAAAAGCAAAGCAAAAUGAARCUAUUGGUAAUUCUGGUAAGGAAUUGGUAGCUGAAGCAGAACGUCUCGAUGUGAAAGAUAAGGCAGUUCUGGCAAUGGCUGAACUUCUCUUUGACUGCAAAAUGCUGCAACAAAUUCCAAAGUACCGUGUUCAUUUUCUGAGGUUUGUCAAUGAUAACCAAAARGCACAGAAAUAUCUCCUAGGAGCAUUUGAAAUGCUUGUUGGCAAGUCUUAUCCAGAAGAAUUGUUGCCAAAAUCUGCCCAUAUUCUGAAAGCUUUCUAUGACAAUGAUCUCUUGGAUGAAGAAGUCAUCCUAAGCUGGUCUGAAAAGAUAUCCAAAAAAUAUGUCAGUAAGGAAAGGUCCAGUCAAAUUCACAAGAAAGUCAAGCCAUUUAUUGAAUGGCUGAAGCAAGCUGAAGAGGAAGAAUCCAGCGGCGAAGAAGAGGAAGAAGAAGAUGACCUGGUGUACGACAACAAGGCAGAACAACUUAGUGUUGUGGUUGAUAAAGACAAGAACAAGAAGCAAAAUGAGGAAUUGGAGGAUGAUGAGAUUGAUAUUGAUGACAUCUGAACACGUCCAGAUAUGAUGUACCUCUGCAAAGGGAUGAAGACAAAUAAAUGCAUGCAGACAGAUUUUCAAGAGCCUGCUUAUAAUUCACUAUUAAGUAUACGAACAUAAAUGAGCUUAAAAUUGAGAUGCCACAUUGUUUGAUUGUUAGAUGGAGCCAUUGUAUUGGUUUCCAGUUUGCUUUUCGGCACUUCCAAGAAAUAUUGAUAAUGAUUAUCAUAGGAAUAACUAUUGAUAUAUGCUACUAAGAAUGCAUUUUUGCCUUGUACAAUGUUAGUUUUGAGAUCUUUGUAUGAUUUUGUCUUUAUAUUGCAAGUUCCUUAAUUUAAGAUUUAUUAAUAAGGCUUAUUGUUAUCGCUGCAAUAAAUUUUUAAUUUCUUGAUAA